UAUGUCAAGUUUAAAAUCUCCGAAAUAAUUUGGAAGUGCGUUGUUGAUUGCGUCUUUAUUUAUGAGAUUUAUUUGCUACAAUUUACAUUGUUGAUGCAUAGUACACGUGUAUAAAAACGUGAAAAUGUAAACAGAAAGAAUAUGAAAAGCAGCCAAGCUGUUUAACAAAAGUUUAAGUUAUUGGAUGAUAAUUAUUACUUUUUUAUAUGAUACACAAUUCCUUCAGUAAAAGGAAUCUUUUGUGUUUAUACUCUUCAAAGAAUAGAGAUUACGUUACAAAUCAUCUGUUCUAUUACAUAAUUUGUGUGGAAAUGUUUCGAAUAAAAGUGACAACACAAUCUGAUCAUUCAGCAUUGCAUCCUGAGAGUACAGUGCGAAAGAUACCCAAACCUAUAAAAAUUACAAAAUUACUUGGAUCAUGUAAGCAGUCACGAAAUGAUCAAUUAAAUUCAACUAUUAAAAUUCAAUUACCUGAAAGACUCACUCCUUAUUUGAAAAGUGCAUCAAAUCGAAAAAGAAAUGAGACAAACACAUGUAUGAAACUAUCUCAGUAUAGUAAGAAAAAUGUGCGGCGAAAUUUAAACUUUACGAAAAUACCGACUGUGAAAAAAACACCGGUUAAAACUGAAACAAUCAUAACAACAAGCAGAAAUAAUUUAAUUGAUAAUUCAAGAGAGGAAAAUUCACAUUUGUCUACAAGAAAAAGUUUUUUAAUACCACCAAAUACUGUAAAAGAUUUAUACAUUAAGAAUAGAUUUAGACAAAACAAGUCUAUAUUACCUCAAUUACAUGUCUCAACAUAUUCUGUAUGUGACAAUAAGUAUCAAAAGAUAUCUAAGAGAUUGGAAAGUUGUUCAUCUCCUGUAAAAGUAACAAAUAUGCAAAUUGAUUCUGUCAUACAUGAAGAAGUUAACAAAACAGUGAUACAACAUAUAUCAUCACAAAUGUGUACUGUAAAUGAUCAAUCUGGAAUAGAUAUUUUAUAUACAAAUUAUACAGACAUAAAGGAUGAUGCAAUGGGAAAAGAAAGCCCUGAAAGUUCAAUUAAUAUUGAAGAAAAGAAAUGCUUAUCUAUGUCUACAGAUAAUUGUAGAAAAGACUUACGUCAAUCUAUACAAGAUGUUCAAAUGAUAAAUCAGUCUUGCUUGAAUUUAAAUCAUAGCACUAACAAGAAUAAUGAAUAUAUAAUUCUUAAUACAAAUUACACAGAUAUAAAAGACAAUGCAUUGGGAAAAGAAAUUCCCGAAAGUUUAAUUGAUAUUGAAGAGAAGAAAUGUUUGUCUAUGAAUACAGACAAUUGUAGAAAAGACUUACAUCAAUCUACACAAGAUGUUCAAAUGAUAAACCAGUCUUGCUUGAAUUUAAAUCAAAGCUCUAACAAGAAUGAAUAUAUAAUUCUUAAUAAAACAAAUCUUAUAGAUUUGGCAUCUAAGUUAAAACAUAACAUUUGCAAAUUAGAAGAAGACACACUGCCAAAUUUGAGAUUUAUACUUAGUACUAUUAUGGAUGUAUUAUCUGCAAUAAAUAUAACAAAUAAAGAAAACGAUAACAAUAAUAUCAAGAUUAUGCAGCAAAUGACUGAAAAUUUGGAAGAUCAUAUAAAAAUAACGAAUAAUAUACACACAAAAUCACUAUGUGUUAGUAGCAACAUUAGAACUGAAGAUAAUAUGGAAGAAAAUAUUAAUAUUGAAAAAAGUAUUAUUGAAGAUAGUAAUAUUCCAAAGGAAAUUUAUAAGACACCUGACAAUUUAAUGAAACUUGUGAAAACAGAUGUAUAUGAAAAGAAUAAUUCCGGAAUUCGGUCAUCGCAUCAGAUCAAUUUUCAGAAUCUAACUUUUGAGAACAACAAGGAAAAUGAUAGUUUUUUGGAUUUAGAAAAUAAGCUGGAUAUCACGAAUAUAAAAUCGAGUACGACAAUUGUAUCGCAUAAAAAAAGCGUUCUUGUGAAUAAAUACAACAACAAAAAAGAGGAGAAACCUUUGAAGGAAUAUAUGGCUUUAAAGUCACGUAUGAGUUGUUUGCUAACACCUAACAUUAAACAUUUGAAUUGUUCACAAUCAAAAAAUAAUUUACAUUCUGAAAGUGAUGAUGCAAAAGCUUGUAUAUCGGGUAAAAUACUUGCAGAACUUUAUCAUUUAUAUGAAGACUAGAUAUACAACAAUUUCAUGUAUAUCAGGCGAUUUUUUCUAUUUUCCAAGAUUAUUUUCCAAAAAUUCUUAAUACUAAAGAAAAUAUUAAUACUAAAGACGGUAAUUUAAGAGUUUAAAAUGUCUGAUAAAUUGUUGUACUUUUAUAUGAUGAAUAUGAAAAAACAGUGUAACAAGAAAAUUUUACAAUUAGGGGAGAAAUAAUUGACUUGGGAUAGAUGAAUUUUAGAAAAUAGAAGAAAUCGACUGUAUUGCAUAUAUAUUCAAU